AUGUCUGAAAGCGCCAAACAUGCCACGAUCAACCACUUCAGCCUGGGAGACUUCGAGCUGCUCUCGGGCCAAGUCAUCCCCGACGCACACCUGGCCUACCGCACCUACGGCGAUCCGAGCAAACCGGCCAUCGUCUACCCCACCUGGUUCUCUGGCACCAUCACCGAAGGGAACGAGUGGCUGAUUGCCCUACCCGGUAGCUCUCCCCCCACUCGUUCACUCGACCCGAGCAAGUUCUUCAUCAUCGUUCCCGCGCUGUUUGGUAAUGGAGAAUCCACUUCGCCUUCCAACCAUCCGCUUGGCAUCGACCUCCCUCGAGCCACCUUCUACGACAACGUGCAUGCUCAGCACAAGCUCGUCUACGACCAUCUCGGCGUCAAGGGCAAAGUGAUCGUCAUCGGUUGGUCCAUGGGCGCAGGACAAACUUUCCAGUGGGCCAGUCAGUACCCCGAUUCGGUACGUGCGGCAGUACCCUUCUGCGGUUCCGCUAGAACAGCCUUGCACAGCUGGGUGUUUCUGGAAUCGCUCAAGCACACUCUUCAGCUCGAUCCCAAAUGGGCCGGUGGAAAGUAUGACCCUUCCAAUCCACCCGUGGACGGUUUGAAAGCCUUUGGAACCAUCUACGCCGGAUGGGGGUUCAGUCAAGCUUUCUACCGCGAAAAGGGCUUCAAGAAACACUUCGGUCUCAACUGUGGAAACGAGAUUCUGUCCAAGUUCUGGCACGCUUGGUCCACUUCUAAGGACGCCAACAACUUGCUGUACAUGCUGUACACGUGGCAGCAUGGCGAUAUCGGCGCUCAACCUAGGUAUGCUGGAGCAAGCAGGCUAGAUGUACCCCAGAGCAAAGGUGGUCGGCUGGGAGCGAGGGGCGAUGGUGAAUACGUGACGAUGAGGGAUGAUAGGGCGUUUUACAGCGCGUUGAGCGGGAUCCAGUGUCCGACGCUGAUCAUGCCGGGAAAGACAGAUCUCUACUUUCCUCCCGAGGACUCGCAGGAGGAGGCGAGGGUGAUGGGGGACAAGGCGACGUUGGAAGUCAUUCCGAGCAUCUGGGGUCACUGGGCGGGUGGUCCAGGAGAUUCGAAAGAAGACGUCAAGUGGUUGGAUGACAAGAUUGCUGCUUUCUUCGAGAAGCAUGGUAUUGGUCAGUCUUGA